AUGAUAUCCUGGCGUUGUCAUACCAGAUCCCGCCGCUUCUUUGGUUGUUGGAGCAGAUCGGGGCAGGUGAAAGAGGAAAUUCAGAGCCGCGGGCUUCCAUCCAUCCUCCCCGGCCUUUUCGUUUUUUUCUUGCCAGUCCCGUUCACACCAACCGCCCCUCCUGUCAAUCUCCCCUCCUAUUCCCCCCUUCCCGUGAUUAAAUACUUCCUUCCCCUCUCAUCAUGUUGUCCAGGGCAGCCAGGCCAGCCCUUCAGAGAGUUGCUGCUGCCUCCAUCAGGUAAUUCCUCGAUUGCCCUUUCGCUUGCUUUUUCUGUCACCACCUGGUCUGUUCCCCACUCGUCGUUUAAUCUUCAUCGCCAUCCAUUAUUCGUGAACCCAUCGCUGACUUAACCAUCCAAUUGGUAGGCCAGCUCAGAGCAAUAAUUAUGCUACCCUUCGUGAGAUUGAGGGACGCCUCAAGUCCAUCAAGAAUAUCGAGAAGAUCACAAACACCAUGAAGAUUGUCGCUUCCACAAAACUUGCCCGUGCUCAGCGUGCCAUGUCCGAAUCCCGCGCCUACGGUCAGACGUCAAACACCGUCUUUGAUAAAGCCGAGACCAAACCACAGGAAGGCGGGAAGACUUUGAUCAUUGCCUGCUCAUCCGAUAAGGGACUCUGCGGUGGUAUCCACUCACAAAUCACCAAGGCUGUUCGCAGAAAGUUGUUGGAGAUUCCCGAUGCCGACCUUGUUAUUUUGGGUGAAAAGUGCAAGGCACAAUUGGGCAGAUCUUCCUCGAAGAACAUUGUUAUGAGCUUCGCGAAUGUUGGAAAGGAUAUCCCUACUUUUGCCGAGGCUCAGACCGUCGCGGACCAGAUCUUCCAACUGGAGAAGGAUUACGACAAUGUUGAGGUUAUUUAUAACAACUUCAAGUCUGCUAUCUCCUACGAGCCCGGUGCCACUUAUGCCUUCUCCGAGGAGACCAUCAAGAACUCGGGUGAGACCUCCCAAGCCCACCUACACCCUGCUAUGCUUCCCUACGUUGCUUUUCCCGGUGAUGAAGAAUAUUCGGAUGUAAAAACAUUAUUGUAUUUUCCGAGAGCGCAAAAUCGUGUGGAUAUUUCCGUUGCCUUCCUUCUGAGAACGAUUUCACACCAUCCGUUUUGAAUCUGCCUUAUUUUGUUAGCCAAAGUUUGCUUACAAUCCCCAAAAUCCAGCCAACUUCACCGCUUUCGAGAUUGAAGAUGAGCAACUUGUUAAUCUUCGCGAAUAUGCCCUGGCCAACACUAUUUUUUGGGUAAGCUCUCCUACGUAGAACUGCAAUGACCCCAUCUAAUAAUCUGCUUCGAAUUAGGCUCUCUCUGAGGGUCACGCUUGCGAGAUCUCUGCCCGCCGCAAUGCCAUGGACAACGCCUCCAAGAAUGCUGGUGACAUGAUCAAUCGAUUCCAGAUUCUUUUCAAUCGUACUCGACAGGCGGUUAUUACUGGAGAGUUGGUUGAGAUUAUUACUGGGUAUGUCUCCUCC